AGGCUACGAUCCACGUAGACUUCACUCCCGUAAUUUCACUCAUGACUCACCAGACCCGUUUGACAUAACAAUUUGAAUACCGAGAAGAGGAGGUAGAUAGAUCUACCUGCUAAAUCCAUGGGCAAAAAGGUCAAAUGGAGCUGGACGUCCGCUUUCAUCGGUGCAGCGUCGGCUACGGCGUUAACAGCCCUCAUCAACUCCAAGCCCAAAGACCCAACCUUCCAUUUGAUUUCAAUCGACUUAACUUCCUUCAAGCUUAACCUUCCCGUCCUCGACGCCGAGCUACUCCUCACCGUACACGUCACCAACCCCAACAUCGCCCCAGUCCACUACUCCUCCACCACCAUGUCCAUCCUCUACGACGGGUCUCUCCUCGGCUCGGCUCAGUUGGAGGCGGGCUCUCAGCCUUCCAGGUCAUGUAAGUUGCUCCGGCUCCAGGCUCGGCUCAACGGGCUCCAGCUGGCUCACCAUGCCUACAAGUUUUUCAGCGACGUAACUAAGAGAGAGAUGGUGCUUGAUGCUAAGGUGGAUGUUGAGGGAGCGGCUAAGCUGGCGUUGUGGGAGCACAAGUUUAAGGUCCACGUUGACAGUCAUGUGACCGUUGAUCCCUUGUUCCUCGAUGUGAUUGAUCAGGAGAACAAGUCCCAGCUGGAUCUCCUUCUUACUUGAGGCUGAUGCUUUGUAUUUUUUACAUGGAAUGAACAAUUCUCUGCUCUCAAAAACGAUGUCAUAUCUGCGGCAUUUGUUAUGAAGUUAUGGGAAUUAAUUUUACUCGUUA